UAUAAAACAAAUCUUAAGGAUGGUAUGAGUAUAAUGAUUAUUUAAGGGGUUGCUUAAUAUCAUUCGAAAGAUAAAGAAAUCAGAGAAAGAAUUAAGAAUACUAGUUUUGGGUUUAGACAAUGCAGGAAAAACAACUAUAUUAAAAGCAUUGUCUAAUGAAGAUAUCAAUCAAAUUGCUCCUACUCAUGGGUUUAAUAUCAAAAAUUUGUAACACGAAGGAUUUAAACUUAAUGUUUGGGAUGUAGGAGGUUAGGAGGUAAUUCCAAAACUACUUUAUAGAAACUUCGAGAAUAUUGGAGUAAUUUCUAUGAAAAUACAGAUGCUUUAGUAUUUGUGAUUGAUUCAUCUGAUUAAAUGCGUCUGGAAGAGGGAGGCAAAGAAUUAGAUAAACUAAUUGGAGAAGCUGAAUUAAAGAAAGUACCUCUUUUGGUAUUUGCAAAUAAAUAAGACUUGGUACAAGCCCUUCCUGCUGAUGAGGUUUUAUUAUAUUAUCUAAUUAAGAUUUCUGAUAGUUUGAAAUUAAAUAAAAUCACUGAUAGAUAAUGGUCUAUUGUUGCAUGUUCAGCCAAAACACAAGAAGGAUUAUAAGAAGGAAUGGAAUGGCUCAUUAAGACAGUUCAAGACAAAUGAAUAUUAAAUAUUAAAUAUAUUACAUGAAAAC